AAAAUAAAAUACUUGUAGUGACAGAAGAAUUACAGGUUUUCUUAAAUUAUUAUUUUUUAUAUCCAUAGAUGUAGUUGUUCUGCUUUCUUUUAGUGUCCCGUUCAUUUUCAUUUCCCAACACAUGACUCAGCACUUUGAAUUGUGAAGCACUGUAAAAGUGAGAGUAAAACUAUACAGCCUGUUUGAGUGCAUUGUGCCAACUCUUACUUUGGACUUUAAAAGUCAUACUCGUUUGCAUUAAUGCUUAUCUGAGCUCUAAUUUUCGGCAACAGGUCAUAACUGACUGACAUUGUAGCCUAGCUUGGGGUAUUCAUUUGCUCUCCCCUCUGGUGUCUUCUAAUGGCUUCCCGUAGUUCCCAUGUUAUGGCCUGUAAAACAGAAUUCCAGCUCUGUCUCUGCCACUGUUCGGGUCAGUGAGUAACCAUCCUGGUGGAUAAUAGGAUUUUCCCGCUCCAUCUCCAACCGGUUUGACCACCGUGAACUCAACACCGACAGAGCCCGGGCUUUAGCAGCAUAAACCCUCGCGUUUUCAGCAGAUCACCAUCGGACAUGGAAGCAGCCUCCUCCAGUCAGUGCAGUUACAGUUAUGAAGAGUACAAAGAGACUGCGGACUGGUUGCUGUCGCAAACAGAGAAUCGUCCUAAAGUGGCCAUCAUCUGUGGUUCAGGCCUGGGCGGUCUGGCCGAGCUGCUAGAUGACAAGAACAUAUUCCCAUAUAAAGACAUUCCACGUUUCCCCACCAGCACUGUGCAGGGUCAUUCAGGCCAACUGGUGUUUGGAAAGCUGAACGGCCAUGAGUGUGUCUGCAUGCAGGGUCGAUUUCACUUCUACGAGGGCUACAAUAUUCACACGGUGACAUACCCAGUGAGAGUCUUCUUCCUGCUUGGCGUGAAAAUUCUGAUCGUCACAAAUGCUGCCGGCGGCCUCAAUGGCACUUACAGUGUGGGAGACAUCAUGCUAAUCAAGGACCACAUCAACAUGCCUGGCUUUGCUGGUCAGAAUCCUCUGUGUGGACACAAUGACACAAGGUUUGGAGUGCGUUUCCCUUGCAUGUCUGAUGCAUAUGACAGAGAGCUGAGGGCCCUGGCUAAGGAAACAGCGGAGGAGCAUGGCUGUGGGAGCUUCCUCCAGGAAGGCGUUUACUGCAUGCUGGCCGGACCAACAUACGAGACAAUUGCAGAGUGCAGAGCUCUGCAGAAGCUCGGGGCUGACGCUGUGGGUAUGAGCACCGUUCCUGAGGUGGUGGUGGCUCGUCACUGCGGACUGCGUGUUUUGGGUCUGUCCCUUAUCACCAACAAGGUUGUGAUAGAUUAUGACAGCAGUGAGAAAGCAAACCACGAGGAGGUGCUGAAGACAACCGAGCAUCGGGCCAAGGACCUUCAGAGGCUUGUUGGUCAGCUCAUCCCUAAGCUCGAAUAUCUUCCAGUCAGAGAUCUGCUCUAACAACAAAAAAAAAGCACUAUAGUUUCUUAGCUUUGAUCAAAAGGUGCAAAUGGGAAAUCCUCAAACAUACAAAUACUUUUACGCAUUAUGGGCCUGCUUGCUUGCUAAUGGGACUGCUACUCUUUGUAUGAUUUAAGAUUUAAGACACUAAGAUGGUAUAAGGCUAAAACCAUUGUGAAAACAAACAGAUGUUGUUACUUUAACAACAAAUACUAUGAUUGUCUUUCUAUGUGUACCAAGCAAGAACUGAUUAGCUCUAGAUUAGAACAAGUUUGUUCAGAAAACCAAAGAAAAGUGAAGAAAAUUAACUUUUAAAUGUUUCAGUCUCUUGUUUUGGAAAACUUCAGUACCUACCGAGACAUUCUGGAACAGCCUUUCACCUUAUUUUAUCUUUAAUUUAAUGCCUGUGGAACAUAAAAUAAGUCAGAAUUGAAGAUAGGUCAUUUUAGAAAUGCCUGUUUUGCACAGCUAAAAUUAUUUAUUUUCACUAACAAUUACCUGAGCAUCUUUUAGUCACUAGUAAAUUCCAGACAUGGGACCAGAUUGAAAUGAGAAUCUAUUAACUUAAAAAUACAUCGUUGAUGGCCUGUUUGAUAGCUUUUGCACAUUAUUGGACCUCCUCUGCAGCUUCUCAUCUCAGGUUUUACUGUUACAUCUUUUAUAAAGUGUCUAAAGGAAUCUACAUCAAGCUACACUUGUAUAGCUGGUGGUAUGGCUCUGUAACAUUCAUCAUCAUGUGUGUCAUUAGAAAAAUGUCUGGAAAGGGAAAUAAGCAACUUAAGGGGAAGCUGAAUUUUGAUUUUAGGAAGUUCGUUCUUUGAAGUACAAUUAGUGAUGGUGAAAACAUUUUCAAUUACCACUCAGAAACUGCACAUGCAAGAACAACAACAGGAACACAGUAAUGUUGUCUCCACAAUCAUAGCAUUUCUGUUCUGAGAUCCGUACUGCGAGGCUACUGUGUCAUUCGUCCUGGGACGCCUUAAAUGAUCAAGCAUCUAAAUUGUUUGACAUAUUUGAUGGCUAAACUUGUGUAUUAGAUUGAGUGUAUUGGUUGUACUAAAUAUAAGACUUUAUGGACGUUUUAUAGAUCUUGUUUGCCUGUUAGGAGAGUAAAUUUACAAGUGAUCUUAUAAGUUUGUAGACAAUUUUAGAUUACAUUGGAUAGCCAUCAGAGGAUUUUUGCUAAAGUAAAGCUAAAGAAAGCAGUGCAUUACCACCAAAUUAGAAUAGUGAAUCUACACUACACUAGCUGCUAUUUACAGGAGUGAACGGUGAUUAUUUGUAAUUAACAAUGUACAAAAGUACUUAUUUUUGUUCUAAAUCAGUGUUAAUUGCACAGAGUAAUUUAUUGAUGAAUGCAUUUAUAAUUGAAAUAUAUAGCAAAAUAUAUAUAUUUUUCUUUAGAAUUGAAUUAUGAGCUGAAUCAGUUUUAGAACACUUACCAGAAAGCGGAAAGGCUUCUUGUUAGUGAUCUUAUAAUUAUCUUCAAUAACUCACUGACAUGAAAAGCUACUCUCGAUCGCUACAAUUUACUUAUAUGGAGGUACAGCUGCUGGGAUUCAAUUUGCACACUAAGCAAAGACAACACUGGAAUAACAGGAAGGAGGUAUAGUACCCCAACCUGCAGUUUUAAUCUGCUCUGUACUGCCUUGGAAAGACUUGCCAGCUUUCCUUGACUGUCUCAUUCAUUAGAGCUGAAAAGGGCAAAAAAAUACAGGAUCAGCAGUCAACCUCUUAAACCAUUUGGAUCAGGCAGAACACCAGGAUGCUAAUGGAAGUCUUAAAGGGGAAUUACACUCAAAAGAAAACAAACAGGUUGCCCUUUUUCAAGAGGGACAGUGUAUCUUUUGUCAGGGGUAAGUGUGAACACAAAUCAGAAAGGUGCUAUUUUCUGUAAGCAAAUAUGUAUGAUUCAAAGUUUUGAACCGUUUUAGUCUUAUUUUCAUCCAUCCCUCCAUUUUCUAACUCCCUUGUCCUUAGUUGAGUCGGGAGGGGCAGCUGGUGCUGGUCCUGGCGAGAGGCAGGUGCACCCUGGAAAGGUCGCCAGUCUGUCGCAGGUCUUAUUUUCAUAUUGCUCUUUUUUUUAAAUUGUACUAGAACUGCUUUGUGUGUUUCUAACUCUGCUGACAGAAUCUAGCACUCAGGUUUAAAACCAGUUCACUCACACUUCAAUGUGCACAAUGACAAUGUUGUUGAAAAAUGUUGCUGCUUUCAAAUAAAAAAAAAAAAUUA